AUGGGGAAAGUGUUCUUUGUUGGUUGGGCGCUGUGGGAGAAGAUGACCUUUGUUCUGGCCUGCCUUAUUGUCUUGACUAUCUUUGCUGGCUGCCUCAAGCUGUGGUACACGCAUCAUAAGCUUCGUAAAUAUGAGAAGGCUGGUCCUCAGCCGAUCAAUCGCGAAAAGAGUAUUAUCCGCAGUUUGAGUAUGCGCAAAGGCCCAAAGAAGCAGAAGCAGAAACAAAAGGGAAAGUCAGCCAAGGAAGCCAUGGUCCAGAAAAGACGUCUGAUGGACGAUGGACCGAACAUUCCGUUCGGUAUCCGGGCGAUCGAAAGUGGUAUUGAGGUUGACGGAGUAUGGAUCUCUCGCAAUAACACACCAGCUGCAAGCAUACGCGAGACCUCUUCAAGCUCUAUGUCAGCCUACCGGCCAAUCCCACAACAGAGUCGACAAGGCUCGUUGACUGAUGUUGGCAUGACUCUUACGAACAACGGCACAGAUACCUCACCAUUAAAUGGUUCUAUCGCAUCUUCGUCCAGGGGGCCAAGCCGGGCGCUGUCCGUGGAUCGUUCGACGUCUGUCGGCAGCAUUGGAAGUAAUCCACCAUCCUCCCCUGAGCCAGUUGCGUCGAGUUCUCGCCGCUACCCUCCUCACUCAUACCAAAGAUAUGAAGGCAGUAGCUCAAAAUAUUUCCGCAAUGCUCAUACUCUUGAGACUAGAGUUCCCACUGGCAUGCCAACUGAUCCAGCCAGAAUUGUCAGCUAUCAUAGCUCUUCCUCAGGUUCAUCGAGAGGGGGCAGUAAUGGAAGCAACGACCUACCAGCAUCAUAUCUUGACUUUGCAAGACCACCUCCAGUCCACACCAGCGGGAAUCCAGCAUUUGAUGACGCCCUUCAGACUCACCGCAUGUCGCAAGUCGCCGAGACAGGGCGUUUAGUUCCUAGAAGUCGCCGUACUGGUACCUCCGCAGACUGGACUUCAUCACCUCUGGGGUCAAGCGAAGUACACAACUUUUCUCUUCCACAUUCAAAGACACCGCCUCCUCCUGGAUCAUCCAGUUCUAACAACACGCUCAAUCCUUUCACUACCCCUGUGUCAGAGAAGCAUCCGGAGGUCGAGUUUCCAGAGCCCAAGACGCCCGCCUCAGAGUCCAAAUCGCGUCGUGGCUCAGGCUUGUCGUACACACGCCCGGAUCCGACUGUGCUACGCGCAGUGAAUUCAGGAUUUGCCGUGCUUAAGCCAGGAACGUUGGAUGCAGAGGCUGCAGCCAAAGAAUCUGCUCAGGGAGUUGCAUAUCACCACUCGCGAGCACGAUCAGCAAGCCUCGAAGGCAACGAGAGGCGGCAUAGUCGCAAGCUACAGAAGAAACGUCGACCCAGCAAUAGCUCACAUGAGUCACAAUCGAGUUUCGACGCUGCGUCUGACCUCGAGCGUGGUGAUGUCAAGUACAGCUUCGAACAGCACCCACCUUCGGACCACGACAUUGAACGUGGCACGCAGAUUGAAGCAUCGGGCUCAAAGUACAAGUUUUGA